CCGGCGCCGCACCGGCCCUCCUUCGGCGGCCGCCAGGACCGGCUCUCGUGCUUCGCGCCCAGCGUCACCGAGGGCGAGCUGUGGAGCGUGCACCUCGCCAUGCACCCGCAGGCCAACCUGCUGAGCGUGAUCCGGCGCCGCUACGCGCACCUCAGCGCGCACGAGGACGAGAUCGCCGCCGACAGCAACCUGCCCUGGGGCGUCGAGGCGCUCAUCACGCUCUGCUUCCAGGACAAGAAGUACUGCCUGCGCACGGCCGACGAGCGCUACCUGCGCUGCGACGGCGCGCUCGUGCCCGAGCCCGGCGCCCGCACCGCCUACACGCUCGAGUUCAAGGCGGGCAAGCUGGCCUUCAAGGACUGCGACGGCAAGUACCUGGCGCCCACGGGGCCCACGGGCACCCUCAAGUCCGGGCGCAGCUCCAAGCCGGGCAAAGACGAACUCUUCGACCUGGAGGAGAGCCACCCCCAGGUGGUCUUCACGGCCGCCAACGGCAGAUACGUCUCCAUCCGGCAAGGUCCCUGCAGCGCCGUGUGGGUGCAUGCGUGCACAGGGCUCAGUGCAGGGGGGUGUGCACAGGGGCGCAUGCAGCUCGGUGCAUUGCUGCACACGCGUGUGGACGUGCAGGGCUGCGUGUGCACGUGUGCUCGCGUGCAGCACAGCGCCUAG